AUGCAGAAUGAUGCGCUUAGCCCCAUGCCCAAUCCACCAAUAACGAUACAGGGCCACGACCCUCGAUACAUGCGCACCUACGACAUCGACGUUCUCUACUACAACCCCGAAACGUAUCUCAUCACUAACAAACCCUGGGAUCUGCGGAUAGAUGGGGACACCGAGUCCUGUCCGACUGAGGAGUCUCUUCUGUACAAGCAGUUCCCACAACAUCCGAAACUACAUCUACUGCACCAAUUGGAUUACGUGACGAGUGGGGUGCACUGCUGGGGCCUGAACAGGAAAGCCGCCGGACUAGCCGGCAAACUGUUUGUGGCUCGCACUCUCACAAAGACCUACGCCGCCAUCGUCCGCGGGCACAUGACAAAACAGGGCAAGUUCGCCAUCUACACGCCCCUAAUCGACAAAAGCGUGCCUUCGAAUCGAAACGGGGUCUGCGUCGCUGAAGGAUCCGAAGGCAAACCCUGCGAAACACAUGUGGAGGUCCUCAAAACGGGCUACUUCCACACUUUACCCGUCACCCUUGUUAUGCUGACCCCACAUACAGGUCGCCGCCAUCAGCUUCGCGUGCACAUGCUGUCCAUCGGCCAUCCGAUCAUUGGCGAUCCUGCUUACGAUCCGCGGACGUUGGACGAUCCGACUGCGUUCAGGACGAUGUUGCACGCUUGGAAGAUCGAGAUGCCGUUUAAGGAGGAGACGUUGAGGGUGGAGGCGGCGCAUCCGUUUGAGGAGUAUGUGGCGGAGCAGCCGGGCGUAAGAGCGGAUCUGCCGUUGAGGAUGCCGCUGCUUGUGCCGCUGGAGCCUGUGCUGCUUGCAAAGCAGGAGGGUGAUGCGGCUGUGAUAGUCAAGGCGUAG